AUGAUGAACGAAAUCAAAACAGAUACCCCUCGGGACUCACAAGCCGGUGGGUCAGCAACCCUAGGGUAUACCCCUUCAGGGAAACCUCGGCUUCAUCAAUGCUCUGCUUGCCUACGAUCAUUUGCUAGGUUGGAACAUUUGAAAAGACAUGAAAGGUCUCAUACAAAAGAAAAGCCAUUUAAUUGUGGGGUCUGCAGCAGAAAGUUCAGUCGCAGAGAUUUGUUGUUGAGACACGCGGAAAAGCUUCAUGGAGGCUGUUCCGAUGCGGUGAAGAGAUUGAGAAGGAGACGUAAAUCAGCAGUAAAGAAAGACGAAGAGAAACAGCGGCAGAUGAAAUCCCAGUCUGCUAAUAAAGAGAAUGCUAGGAAACAACAAGAACCAGAACCAGAAAGCGGCCCCCCAAUGUCAACUUUCAUAUCAAACCCUGUCACGACACUGAAAACGAAUAUUAAGGGUAGUAAUAUGAUCCAUAGUUAUAGCGAUAGUAUUGAGUUUACCUCUCCUAUGAACAGCGCUGCUUCUAAUAUCCGUGUGGGCUCGUUGUUCAAGAAUUUUGUUUCCAAAUCAUAUCAAUACGAUAUUAGCCCUGAAGAUGAAGACUUUGAAGAAUAUAGUAGAUCAAAGCGGAUAAGAAGAGCAUCAUUCAGUGCUUCAAGUGGUGAGAAUUAUGCGGUGCCAAGGUACCCAUCGGUUUCUAAAAUGAAUGAAAUGAAAACUGCUCGGAAUCGUGAAUCAUUUGCGGGAAAUGCCCCAAACAAUUAUUUAUUUUCCGACACGAUUGAGUUUGCAACACCCCAAUUGAUCCCAUCGGGAAGCGAUAACAAAUUAUCAAGUAUUCCAGAAUUCUUUCUCAGUAAUGACAAAAAGCACCUCAAUUUUCAGGAUUUUGACGAAAAAGAUAUUAGAAGAGAAAGACAAGAUUCGGAAAUGUACAAAAUAAAUAACAUUGUUAAUGAUUUGCAUUUAUCCAAUGAACAAAAAAUGGUUGAGCUGAAAAAUGUACAACAAUCACCAACAAAGAUGGAUAUCGACAAGAAAGAUUCUCCGGUAUAUGGUGACUAUAACAUUUAUGGAAUUGAGAGCCCAGAUGCCGAAGAUUGGGUUAAUAAAGUUCUUGAGUCCUCUCAGAUAGAAUUUUUAUCAAGUUUAAAAAACAAGACCAGUGGCAACAGUCACCCAAAUCAAUUCACUAGAAAAGUUAACGCGUUCCAAAAUCAGCUCAAUAAAAUAUCAUCCGAUGAGUCGUCUCUUUAUUCUACUAAUGUUAGGAACUCUCCGGUGAGCAAUAUGACCAAUAAUAAUAAUAAUAAUAAUAAUAAUAAUAAUAAUAAUAAUAAUAAUAAUAAUAAUAAUAAUAAUAAUAAUAAUGACAGAGGAAAGGGCAAUAAUAAUAACGAAAACGGUCUCGGCUCAUUAUAUGGAUAUUCCUUUUAUACUGACGAGUUUUAUGGUAUGAAUAACUCUAGCAGCAAUGAUAAUUCUAGUCAAAUCAGUAGAGAAAUGGAUCAGCAACUCAGAAAUAGCUAUGGGAUUUAUGGUGCGAUGCAUUUGUCAGGGUCUAAUGGGAAAGGAGAUGCUGAAAUGAUUGCAAACGAAAGCAGUAAUACAAAUAAACAAAUGGAAAUUAAUCAUGAGUACGAUUUAAUUUCUGAACUUAAUAAUUUGCAGAACUUCCAGUUUCAGUUGAAUAAAGGGGAUGAUAUGACUCAGAUGGGCAGAGAUGAUAGUGGCAAGUCUACCAACAGUACUCAAACCAUGAUUAGUUCCGCUAGCAGCAUGAAUAAUGACAUAAGGUCUCCACUUUUCAAAGCCAUUUUAAAUAGUCAUAAGAAUUGUACUAACAAUAAUGAUAAUGAUAAUAAUGAUGAUAAUAAUAAUAAAAAUAAAAAUAAUAAUAAUAGCAAUCCUUAUUUUCAACAUUUCAAUAAUAUUUCCAAUGGCUAUUCUUAUUAUGAUAUUAAUCCUGCCAACAACUCUUCCACCUCUGCAGAACUUUCUCAUGAUACCUCUCCUCACCGGAACAUUUCUCCUAAUAUUUUAGAGGCUAAUUCAUUAUUCAACUACGGUACCAAUAAUCUCGCGCUUCGAAGCCUGGAUAAUUGUCUAUUCACUAAAGUAUUGCGUAACAAGAUCUACAAAACUUUAAUGAAGUAUCCAUUCAUUGGCAUUCCAUCACCAACAAUAGUGGAAAAUGACCGUCUCAAUGGAUUUGUAGAACAAUUCAAAACCAAGUUUACAAACCAUUUACCAUUCAUUCACAACUUCUUUAUCAAUGAGGAGAAUAUGGAAAAGUUGACUAGUUAUUAUUGGGAAGGUGGGGCAAACAAUGAUAUGAAUGCUCAAACGACAAGUAGCUAUUCCAUGAGUUAUGAAAAAGACGCUGCAUCGGUUUGUUUGCCAUUAUUGAUCGCCACUUUGGGUGCUAUUGUUGCAAAUAGUAAAAAAGAGGCGUCUAACUUGUAUGAGGCAUCGCGUCGGUGUAUUCAUGUUUAUUUGGACCUGAGAAAGAAGAGUCACAGCCCACGAUCGGUCUCAUCGCCGCUUUGGUUGAUUCAAUCAUUGACAUUGAGUAUUAUUUAUGGAUUGUUUGCUGAAUUUGAUUCAAGCUCCGAUAUCAUAUUGAAACAGGUGAAUGCGUUGAUUGCCUUGAUCAGGUCAUCAAAUUUGAAUAAAUUGCUGUUCCAAGGAGGAGAUGCCCAAGAGUACUUGGUUUAUCAAUCAAAAUUGAGAACAGUAUACACCAUUUUCAAUAUUUCCAACUUAUUGAAUUACUUUUAUGGUUUGAAAAUAGAGAAGAUUUUCCGAAUUGAUGAAGUAGGGUUGCCAUUACCAGAUUUUGAAGACCAUUACGAGAGUUUACCAGGUAACUCUGAUUAUGUUAAUUUCAAUUCUUCUUCCUCAAGUGAAAAUUCGUUCCAACAUGUGUUUAGUAAACUUGUUCAUAAUGAACCCAUCUCAUUUAAAAUUUCAGAAUAUGGCCUAGUCAGUCUUCAGUUUGCUUUGCAUCAAUAUCUUGAUAAAAAAACACCUCAGAUCACAACCACUUUGCUUAGUUAUUGGAAUGAUACUUUCAGAGAGCAAACUUCACAACCUGUCGAUAAAAAUUCUAGUGUUUUUUACACCAGUAACUCUAAUUUAUUGAAAAUAGAUUGCGUGAUUUUGAAUCACUAUUUGAUGUUCAAAUAUUUUGCCGAUGGGGUUCUUGAUUUGAAUGAAGUGAGAUAUUACGGUAUUUGGAAUAAGAACUGGAAAAAAUUGGCAAAGUUGGCAGCAGCAGCUCAUAGAACUGAUGGUGGCAGCGCAGGAAAAAUGUACAAUGAAGAUUAUGAAUUGAAAGCCAUCAAGUUAGGAAUCAAGUUGUUGAUGAAUUUUUUCUUUAUGGAAGACUCUACUAUUGAUAAUUCGUUAGAUCUUAGUACACCCAGAAGUUCUGGUAGCUCAGUUAAUGAUAAAUUUAAUUUGAUUCAAGAAAAUCAGUUUGUUGAUAAAGAUUCUGAGUUCUUCCGAUCUCUUGAAUCUUCCCUUAAUAGUGAGCUAUCAGACCACAUGAUUUCCCGUGUCUGUUUCUCAAGGUGCUUGUCAUUGAAUGUCCAAGUUUUGUUUGAUGUCUUUGUUUUGACUUAUCAGUUUGCCAUCAAGUUUGAGAAAGUAAUUGGGGAAUUCCAAUAUAAUAUAGAUUCCUGCAAAGCUGGUGAUGGCAAUAAUGACAUGAUUAAUCUUUUUAAUGGUGGUCUGAGAUCAUCAUUAUCAUCAGGUCCACAUACCAAUUCAAGUUCCAACUUGAAAUUCCUCCAAUUACUCCAAGAUGAAUCAUUAGUGACGAAAUUGCAAUACUAUCGGAUCAUGGUCAAAAUUGUGGACAAAAUUGAAGAGUUCUGUAGCAAAUGGUAUGGAUAUCGUAGUAAUUUCAAUGAUGCAGGAGAUUUGAGUAAUCCAAUUAAACAAGAGCUAAUUGGAGCCUCAGGGAAUCCUGAUAUAUUUGGAAUUACGAAGGGUCGGGGGUUGUAUAAUGAAAAAGAGCAAAAUAAGUUGAGUUUCAAAGUUUUGAAGAUAGGAGAGUUUGUAUUCAAUGAUGUUGUGGAUUGUGAGCUCGGAUUCAAUAUUUUUCAAAACUUGGGCGCAGGUUUGAAACAGUUGAGAAGAUUUGUGUGUUGA